ACAUCUCAAUCAGUGGAGAGCCAUACAUCAUAGAAGCCGAUAACUGCCUUCAUAUCGGUUAAGAUGGCGAAACCAAAAUCAUUUACGAAGCAAUCAAAAGCCAGGCCAAAAAAAGAGCAGAAGCUGGACACGGCAGACGACUUCCAAGCUGCCGGCGUCGACUUUGAAGAAGCCGCUGGAAAAUGGCGUGCGGGAGAUGCCGUCAAGUCUAUGCGAUUCUUCCAGCGCGCUAUUGAUGUCUACGAUCAAGGGCUUCUCAAGUUCCCUCAAAGCACCGACCUCGCCUACAACAAGGCUCGGGUACAGCUGGAGAUUGCUACGCAUCCCAUUCUUGUCGAGCAUUUGCAGCAGCCCUUAAGAGGCGUAUUGGAUGAGGCAUUAGAGUCGCAUCGAUACACGUUAAAGCUUGAUCCGCAUAAUUCGGACGCGCUAUUUAAUACUUCUCAGGUUCUUACGGCUAUCGCCGAGCUGAUAGCUACUGAUGAAGAUGACGAAGCUGCUGGAACAGAGGCUGAAGCUUUGAAGGCGCUCCGAGAAGCGCUCGACCUGCAAAGCGCGUGUCUCAGCUUGCAGGAGCAAAAAUACCAGGAAUUCCUCGAGCAGGAACGCUUUGCCAACGAGCAAGGAGAAGACGCGAGCUACAAAGCAGCAGCAGCUUCCGGAUCAGGAAAUAACUCGUCUGGCAGUGCUGAGGAAGACGAAGAAUGGUUCAACGUAGUUGAGCCGGUCACCAGCGACACGCUUAUCGAUACGCUUCUCGCUCAGCUGGCUACCCUCACCACUUUGUGUAGCAUUUUGAGCUCUUCGCCAGAAGCUGCUCCUACAAAUAUGCUCGCCUGGGUCGAGGAAGUUUCGUCAGGCCUCGUCGAAAAGGUGCAGGCCAUCUCGCGUGAACAGCACGACAGGGUACAGGAAGUCGCUCUAGCGAGAGCCAAUCUUGUUUCGGUGAUGCUAGAAGCCGGUUACAGGUCUGGGAAGAUCGACGCCGAAACUUACAGUCGAGAACUAAAUUCUAUUUUCGCAAAUGCGGAACUUCAGCUUGAGAAUUUUGCGGAAGGCCAUAUAGCAAAUGCUCGCUCUCUCCUGGCGCUCAACUCGGCACUAACAGAUUUCGACGGCGGGGACGCCCAGUCGCAGUCGAUGUUGCGGUGGAACGUUCUCACGGCGAGCAUAGCAAGCCUGAAGUCUGCGUCGGCUAUACGAGGAAUUCCUCAGGAGGAUCUAGCUACUACUCAUCUCCUACGCGGUGACGCGUGCUUAUAUCUUUAUACUAUGGCCUUCCCGCCGACGUCAUAUCGGAGAGCCGUAAGCACGGCCUCUCAGAAUGCCAAGAACGCAGAGGUGUAUUACCGCAACGCGAGCAGGCUGACUCCGGACGAAGAAGACAGAGACAUCGCUUCGAUAAAGUCAAUAAUUGCACAGUAUCUCCAAGCCUACUCCCAGGAGGGUGCGCAAGUCGACGUCGGUAGCUUAUUCAACGCGAGCCCGCGAGGUCAGGAGUGGGUUAUUAAACAACUCGAGGAUAUGAUGGCGGAGAAUCUCGUACCUCACGCGCUCCUUUCGUAGUUGGUAGAUGCAGCGAAUGCGGACUUAUGAUACUUGUCGAUAUUUUGCCUGCGGUAAGAAAAAAAAAUGACGCCAGCAUCAUGCGUAGAGAUUAACUGCUAAUUAGAGGUCGUCUGGGUACGCAAGUGGAAAUGGUCGAAUACCUAGUACAAAAUGAGUGCUAGGAUUUUAGAUAAAUUUCCAAUGUUAUCAACUACUACAUCCCCUUGUAGCUACCGUUUCUUUAUAGCAGGUCUUAAUAUUGACCACGCAAGUAUAAAUUCAAGCACGAAAAGUACACCAGGCCAGCCUCAGUGUUUGUAGUCUCCGUGGCUAUGACCGUUGCUAUUGUUUAAAACGGUCGAGUUUAACCC